GAAAAGUGGGUUCCGCUCUCUGGCUGGCUGUGGCAGCGAGUGUGCUCCGGCUCCCGUGCGAAGCUUGCUUAUCAGAGAAGGCCCACUUCUAGUUAAAAGGACGCUGAUGGCAGUUGAGCAGACACCCAAAAAGGAUUGGUACAGCAUUCUGGGGGCAGACCCAUCUGCAAAUGUGUCAGACCUAAAACAAAAGUAUCAGAAACUCAUAUUACUGUAUCAUCCAGAUAAACAAAGCGCAGAUGUGCCAGCAGGAACCAUGGAGGCAUGUAUGCAGAAGUUCAUUGAAAUUGAUCAGGCAUGGAAAAUUCUAGGCAAUGAAGAAACCAAAAAAAAGUAUGACCUGCAGCGGCAUGAAGAUGAGCUAAGAAAUGUGGGACCAGUGGACACACAGGUGCACCUUGAAGAGAUGGUCUGGAACAAAGAUGAUGAGUCUUUUUCUCUAAGCUGUCGAUGUGGUGGAAAGUAUACUGUCUACAAGGAUGAAGCAGAAGAAGUGAACCUCAUUUCUUGUGAUACGUGCUCACUGAUUGUGGAACUCCUUCAUCAGAGCUGAUUCUAUUUCUGCGAUCCUUUAGCUGCAGUCAGCAUGGACAGAUGCCUUUUUGAUGUUAGCUAUGCAAUUUGCAUAGAUAAGAUGAGAACUUCAAGUAAAGACACUUCAGAUUAAUGAAUUCAUUCAGUUAUUUAUAUGUACUUGAAAUGUGUAAUUAUAAGGUAUCACAAAAAGGACUUGAAUUAUGUUUUUUCAAUUUCAUGUGACAACUUUUGUUUUCUCCUUGGUACAUAAGUAUUUCUUUUUUUAAGUAAGUAU